AUGGGUGGGAUGUGGGCUGGUGCCUGUGCCUGGUGCUCCUUGGUGCCCCUGGAGCAAGCCCUGCCCCCUGGGACAUGGCUGCAUGGAGCAUCUCCCUCUGCAGAGAGCCCGGGAUACUGCCCCCGUGCUGGCAGUGCCAUCGGGCCAAGCUGUGGGACAAGAUGUCACAACGACACCACAUGCCACUCGGGGGAGAAGUGCUGCACCCGCGGCUGCUGCACCCGCUGCGUGCUGGCUGAGCCAGCCAAACCUGGGCUCUGCCCACGGAAGCGUGCCCAGAGCAGAGCUGCUGCCUGCCCCAACCGCUGCACCGAUGACCGGGACUGCCCUGGGGAGCACAAGUGCUGCUUCUCUGGCUGUGGGCUGGCCUGCACCCCUCCAGACACAGGGAGCCACCGUGCCACAGCGAAGCCUGGCGUGUGCCCCACGGUGCUGCGGGGCUCCUUGGGGCCCUGCCUGGAGCUGUGUGACACUGACAGUGACUGCACUGGGGACGACAAGUGCUGCACCACUGGCUGUGGCCACAUCUGCAAACCACCCACCAAGGGUAAGCCACCGGCACCCUGUGGGGACGAGACCCCUGUGCCCCCUGCCUACCUGAGGCCAGGUCUCUGUCCUCCUGCAGCAGAGGGUGCUCAGGCAGCCGAGUGCCUCCUCCUGUGCCUGCAGGACAGGGACUGUCCCCGUCCCCCCUGCUGCCUGCAGGGCUGCAGCCAGGUCUGCAUCCACCCACUGUGGGGUACAGCGUAG